AGAAAAAAAUACUGACAUUUUGUAUUUUCUGUCACUUAUUAAGAUGUCAGCUAAAUUAAUCGUUCGUAGAUUUGAAACAGAGGAUAAGUUUCAAACAUUGCAAAUAAUUAUUGAAGAAAAUGACCAAAUUAAGAUCGACACAUGGCGUGAAGGCCGACAUAAUUUUAAAAGGAACGAAAAAGAUAAGCCACGAUUAACUGUGAAAGUAGUUGCCGAAGAGAAUUCAAGUAAUAUAGAUCUCGAUUCAUGCGCAGAGAAAAUUGAGAAAACCGGAAAAUACCUAAAUAAUUUACAAGUGCAGCUUAAAAUUCAACACUUGUCUGCAGAAACAAAUAAUGAUUUAAAACAUGAAACAAAGAACAUAAUUUUCAACCGUAAUAGUGAAAUAUCAACAAAACAUUAUAGGGAAGUUGAAACGGAAGAAAACGUGCAAAAAGUUUCAGCAGAAACAUAUUGUUACAAUAACAAAGAUAUUAGUCGCUUAAUGAGUCCGCUCGAAUACAGUCUCGAAAAAGUCAAAGAAAACAACGCUCGGAUAAUGGAAAAUAUUCACAUGCUCAAUAGAACCUUAAAUUACACGAAAAAGAAGGAGAUUUUGGGUAUAAUUAAUCCGAAACCAUUACGCUCAUAUCCUUGUGAGGAGUGUGGAAAAUGCUUCGUAUACGAAACUGGUCUUUGGAGACAUUAUUCUGUUCGACAUGGAAGCUUAGACAAGCAUCAACGUUGGCAGUUCGUUUGGACUUGUACGGAGUGUUUCCAGGUGUGGCCGCGACAGGACUUGGCCCUAAAGCACGCGAAUCAGUGCUGUAAAUCAGAUAACACAGACUGUGUUCGAGAGAUAAAAACGUCUUCACUAUUACAGUGCGAGUUUUGUGAAAAAGUUUUUACAAGUAUUCCUAGAUUACUGAGACAUCUUAAGAUGCAUACUGUUAUAAAAAAUUACGAAUGCAAUGCAUGUAAUAUUGCAUUUUCGUGUUACAAAAUGGCAGAACAACAUUGGCUAAUAUGCUUAUGGUUGAAAAUGUAUUACCAAUUUUCUUUGCCGAAACUACUCCUUUGUAAUGCUUGCGAUCGAAAGUUUAGGAAUUAUGAUCAGUUAUACAACCAUAGGUACAAAGUAGGUCAUUUUAUACCAAAAUCAUCUGAUAAUGGUGAGAAUAACUGUGUAUUUAUGCCUUCACUUGUCUUUCAAUGUGAGAUUUGUGGACAAUGGUUUAAUGCCAUAUCACAAAUUCAAGAUCAUAGAAACCAGUACCAUCCUCAUUUCAACAGUGGAAUUCUAUAUAAUACUGAAGUACCGAUAACAUCAGAGACUUGAAAUAAGAAAAUACUUGUGCCAUUACAUUUAGCUUAUAAUGACAAUA